ACGAUAAAUACUCUGGCUUCGCCAUGGUGACAUUCCUUAAAAUUAUGCAUCACUUUUUUUCAAACAUAAAAUUUUCCAUAUUAUUUAACAUAAAUUGUUAAUAGCUAGGCCUUUAUAUAAACUAAACCAACACGAAAGUAUGCAUAUAUAAUUGCUCUAGCUACAAGUAGCUAGCUAAUAUUAAGUGGCUAAUAAACCUCUCCCACUCCCAGAAUCAUCCGCCGGCCGCCAGCCAUGGCCGCCGCCGCCCUAACCCUCCUUGUCAUCCUCGUCUCCAUCAUCAUCACAACCCUCAUCAAGAAAAAACGCGCCGCCGCCGUCGCCAAGCACCCGCCACCGCCUCCAAGCCCGCCAUUGCGGUCAGUGAUCGCCAACCUCCCGAAAAUAAUAAUCCACAGCAAGCCCAUGUUCCGGUGGGUCCACGACGUGAUGAAGGAGAUGAACACCGACAUCUGCCUCAUCCGCCUCCCCGCCGGCGGCGCCGCCAACAUAAUCCCCGUCCUCGACCCUGCCAUCGCCAGGGAGAUGCUGAGGAAGCAAGACGCCGUCUUCGCCGACCGCCCCAUUUCCUUCGGCAGCCACGCCGUCAGCGGCGGCUAUGUCACCACCGCCGCCGUCCCCUACAACGACCAGUGGCGCAAAAUGCGGAAGGUGCUGUCCUCCGAGAUCGUCUCCCCCGCCAGGCACGUGUGGCUCCACGACAAGCGUGCCGAGGAGGCCGACAACCUCGUCUUCUACGUCAACAGCCGUUGCAUGGCUGGGAAGUGCGUCAACCUCAGGAUCGCCACGCGGCAUUACUGCGGCAACGUGAUGAGGAAGAUCAUGUUCGGACGACGGUUUUUCGGCGAUGCCACCGCGGAUGGAGGACCGGGGCCGAUGGAAGUGUUGCAUGUGGAUGCGGUGUUUGCAGCAUUGGACUACUUGCAUUGGUCGUGCUUAUCGGAUUACUUCCCCUGUUUGCGAGGUUGGGACGUCGACGGGAAGGAGAAGGUCAUUAAAGCGGCGGAUGAGACCAUCAAACGUUAUCAAAACCCUAUUAUUGAAGAGAGGAUCCGGCAGUGGAGGAGUGGAGAGAGGAAGGAGAUGGAGGAUUUGGUUGAUGUUUUCAUCACUCUCAAGGAUGAUCACGGGGAACCCUUGCUCACUCCUCAUGAAAUCAAGAAUCAAGCCACGGAACUGAUGAUGGCAGCAAUAGACAACCCAUCGAAUGCGGUGGAGUGGGCAAUGGCAGAGCUGAUUAACCAACCAGAUCUCAUGGCAAAGGCGACGAAUGAAAUCGAUAAGGUUGUGGGAAAAGACAAGCGACUGGUCCAAGAGUCAGACAUCGAGAGGCUAAACUAUGUAAAGGCAUGUGCCAGGGAGGCGUUCCGACUCCACCCUUUGGCACCCUUUAACGCCCCACGCGUAGCCACCCAAGACACCAUCGUGGGUGGCUACUUUAUCCCAAAGUGCAGUCACGCCCUCCUCAGUCGCUACGGUCUCGGUCGCAACCCCAAGGUAUGGGUCGACCCGCUCAAAUUCGACCCAGAACGACACCUUAGAGAUGGCAGUGACGUUGAGGUGGCCCUCACAGAGCACGAUCUUAGGUUCAUAUCGUUUAGCACUGGCAGGCGAGGAUGUUUGGCGACAGUGUUGGGAACCUGUAUGACCACCAUACUGCUUGCCAGACUGCUACAGUGCUUCGCAUGGACGCCACCAGAGAAUGCCAAGACUGUCGACCUUGCCGAAGCUGAGGAUCAUCUUUCACUAGCCACACCACUCAUGGCAUUGCCUAGGAUGCGCUUAGCACCCCAUCUAUACCCUGGAAAUUAAAGGAGAACUCUUGAUUCGUAUCUUAAGUAUCUCUUAUCUUCACUUGUAUAACAUUUCCGUAAUUAAAAUCAUAUAUAAAUAUUAAUUAUAGGGUAUUUUGGGAAUAUCAAACCACAAACAAUGAUGUGGCGGCAAUGGCGGACCCAGAAAUUUUACAUAAGGGUGCCCUCUUUUAAAAAUUAAAUAAAUAAAUAAUAAAUAAUUCUUAAAUAAGAAAAUACCUUACUCAUACAACUUAAAAAAGAUCAACGAUGUGUUUUCAUAUUCGGAAAUAAUUGUAGAACACACUUGUUGUCUAGAUCGGCUAAUUGUUCCCGAAUAGCACCGGCUCCAGUAGAAAUUUCUCGAUUUCGAAAUGUAUCGAAGCCCUGGGUAGUAAAAAAAGCGGAACAGUGCUCAAAAAAAUUGUCUCUAUCAUACUAGACAAUCAUUCGCGA